AUGAGGCCUUCUCAGGAUCUUGAGAAAGAAGGACACGCUGCCAUGCACAAGGAGCUUGCAGGAGAGACAACCCAUGAGGUUGCAGAGCGUGGACACCAGGCUACUGACCAAUAUGGCAACUCCCUCAUUCAGUUCGACCCCAAGGCUGAAGCAAAGCUUCGAAGGAAGAUCGACUUUGCCAUCAUUCCUACAGUCUUUGUGCUGUACCUGUUCUGCUUCAUUGAUCGUGCCAACAUCGGAAAUGCCAAGAUCGCCGGCCUCGAGAAAAGUCUUCACCUAACAGGCUACGACUACAACAUCGUUUUGUCCGUCUUCUACAUCAGCUACAUCAUCUGUGAGAUCCCUGCGAACAUGUGCUGCAAAUGGAUCGGUCCUGGAUGGUUCAUCCCCGGUAUCUCCCUGGCAUUCGGUCUCUGUUCAAUCGCUACUGGAUAUGUCCACACUUUCAGCCAAAUGUGUGCUGUCAGAUUCGUUCUCGGCAUCUUCGAGGCGGGCAUGCUCCCUGGUAUCGCCUACUACCUCUCGCGCUGGUAUAGACGCUCAGAGCUAGCCUGGAGACUAGGACUUUACGUUGUCGCUGCCCCACUUGCCGGAGCUUUUGGUGGUUUGUUGGCGUCAGCUAUCUUGAAACUAGACCACUUCGCUGGUCUGAAGGCGUGGAGAAUGAUCUUCGCCAUCGAGGGUAUCGUUACUGUCUGCCUGGCGCUCAUUGGGUUCAUCACCAUGACCGACAGACCAGCAACCGCCAAAUGGCUAUCCCAAGAAGAAAAGGACUUGGCGAUUUCCCGUGUCAAGUCCGAGAGAGUCGGAGCCACCGAAGUCCUGGACAAGUUCGACCGCAAGAAGAUCUUCAAGGGCAUCUUCUCCCCUGUUACUCUCGGCACUGCCACUAUCUUCUUGCUAAAUAACGUGACGGUUCAGGGCCUCGCAUUCUUCGCUCCUACCAUCGUUCGCACCAUUUACCCUCACAACACUGUUGUCAGCCAGCAGCUUCACACCGUCCCUCCUUACAUCGUCGGCGGUUUCUUUUGUUUGAUGUUCCCAUUCCUCAGCACCAAGUUCGACACCCGCCUCCCCAUUCUCAUCUGCUCAGCUCCGUUGAUCAUCGUCGGAUACAUCAUGUUCCUGGCCUCGGAAGUAGGCGCAGUACGCUACGGAGCCACCUUCAUCAUCGCCUCUGGCGCCUUCGCCUUCGGCUCCCUCUGCAACGCCCAAGUCAGCGCAAACGUCGUCUCGGAUACCGCGCGCAGCUCCGCCAUCGGCACCAACGUCAUGUUUGGCAACAUCGGCGGCUUGGUCGCCACGUGGUCGUUCUUGCCCUUCGAUGCACCCAACUACCACAUUGGCAAUGGCCUUAACUUGGCUGUUGCGUCAACCGGCUUGUGCUUGUGUAUCUUGCUGUUCUUCUGGAUGAAGAGGGAUAACAAGAAGAGAGAUGGCAGAGACGUUGAUCAGGAGUUGGCUGGCACCACGCUGUUGGAGCAGCAGGAUAUGGAUUGGAAGCAUCCUUCCUGGAGGUGGAGACCUUGA